GCAAAACAUCAAUCUAUCAAGAGUGUCAUAAAAACAAUUGUGAUCACGUAUUUAUUUGUAUAAUAUUAAAGGGAUUAAAAGUUACCUGCACUAACGACUGAACUAUUUAUGUAAAAUAAAAUCAUUUUUGUUGGCUUCCCUAAUUUUUAAUGUAUCAGAUUGUCAAUACUAUUUGCCAACUGUAGUUUCUAAGAUUAUGUAGUGUGUUUGAAAUCUGAUUUUUAUAUUGUUUUAUUUCACUUUUUUGUGAAACCAGAUCAAUUUAAAUAGGAUAAUAUGACGCCAAUGAACUCAGAAGGAGAAUAUCUAAUUGUUAAUAACAUCCCUAAAACUUAUCAUGCAUCUCAUCUUCGAAAUUUUUACUCUAGUUUUGUUGAAAGUGGGGGCUUUUUGUGUUUUCAUUUCCGCCACCGUCCUGAAGUACAAAAGCCAUCAAAUGACUCCAAUACGACUGACCCAGAUCGGUCAAGGAGAAUUACAAACUGCUGUAUCAUUAAAGUUUUAUCUGAACGUGUGGAUGAAUUCAUUAAACAAUAUAAUGGUGAACAUUGGUUAGAUGAUAAAGGAGAAACCUUAAUGACUUGUUGUUUUAUCAAGAAAGUAGUGUUUUCUAAAAAUACUGAAUCUACAGUUACUUCAAGCUCUGCAUUUAGUAAACAAGGAACUGUAGCAUCAAAUUUGCCAUUAGAAAAAGAGACUAUUACCGUGGAAGAUGUUGAAUCCCUCAUUGAAAUGCAUCCACCAAAGUGCAUGCCUCAUGGAAAUGUUGGAACCAAGACUAGUCAUUUUUUAAAAGAGAUUCAAGCUUGUAGACUACCACCAUCAUUAAUUGCUAAGUUAGACUUGCAGUUUCCCCGAAACCGCUCCAAAAGAAUAUAUGGCAAUGUCCCUUAUGAAUACAAAAAGAGAAAACAAUUUUACGAAAGAAAGUCAACUGUUCCUGCAAAGGAAGAAUUAAAAACAGAAAAUAGCCAUAAACGUUCUUGGUGUAAUCGUGCACCUGUGGAAAGUCCGUGGCAAAAUGACAGUAAUUCAGAGGAAUCAGAGUCAGAAGAAGAAGAAUGGGAUCGUCAUGAAGCCUUACACGAGGAUGUCACUGGUCAAGAACGGAACAAGGAACGCCUUUUUGAAGAAAAAAUAGAGCUUAAGUGGGAGAAAGGUGGAUCUGGUUUAGUAUUUUAUACAGAUGCCCAGUAUUGGGAUGAGAAAGAAGGUGAUUUUGAUGCUAAAACUUCAGAUGAUUGGGAUAUAGAUACAAGAGUUUAUACAAAUCCAGGACCUGAUAAUGAUAAAGAUAUGCGAGAUUUUGUGCGAAUGAGAUUUGAGGAAAAGUUAAGGGAUGGUUCUAUUUCAGAAAAGGACAUCCGUUAUGAUUUUGCUGCAUUUGAAAAAUAUAGCAAGGGUUUUGGCCGGAAAAUUAUGGAAUCUCAAGGCUGGAAACAAGGUCAUGGAAUUGGCAAAAAUGCUGGAAUAACUGAACCUCUUCCGAAUGAAGGUCAGCUUCCUGCUGAUAAAAAGGGAUUUGGUUAUCGAGGUGUUAAACUAGAUAUGGCUCCUAAAAAGAAAAAGAGAAGGUGUCGAAGUAAAUAUACAGAUGAAUCUGAAUCUGAACAUUACCAUAUAUCUACCAUCUAUGAUAAUCCAAGAAUAUCGGAUCCCCCAGAAUCUGUUCUUGUAUCAUCAGCAUUUUCAAGUUUAAAGUAUAGACAAAAUUUUCUCAAAGAGGAGAGCAAAGACAGUUGAUGUCAAAAUCGUAAUAUGUUUUUGUUCUAUAUUUUUUAAUGUAAAUUAUGUACAUUGGGUUUUAUAAAUUCAGGAAACAAUUUUA